CCAAAAUAUCGUUUGAUUGGUUUCAACUGGACAAUUUGGCAAUGACGCCUCACUCGGCGUCAGCUCAAACGGCUCAGUCAAUUUCUUUGUCCCAAGUCCAUUGAACCCAUCACCACCACUGAUCACUUUCUCUCCACCGAUAACUUGCUCUUUCUCCGGGCAACUUCUCCGAUCUCCACUCCGGCGACUACAACUUUUGUAAACAAUGAUCAUUACUAAACAAUAUCGGUGCAUACACUCAGCUAGUUGUUUGUGUACAAAAGGGCAUCUUAGCGAAGAAGUUAUAUUUCUGGUUUUUCAGCGACUGAAUUGGAAUCCUAAGUCGGUGGCAACUCUAUCCUGUGUUUGCAAAUGGUUUGAUGAUCUUGCAAAGAGAGUGCUCUGGAAGGAGUUUUGUAAGACGAGAGCUCCAAAAAUGAUGCUUGAUUUACAGUCUAGUGGGAGUCACAGUGUUGAUGGGAACUGGAGGGCUCUUGGAAAGCUUCUUAUUUACUGUUCUGGAUGUACUAAAGGUGGCUUAUUCAACAGCAUCCAUGUUCCAGGACACUUUGUUUACAGGACUAGGUUCUCUAGGACCUCUGGAAAGAGCUUUCUGUUACCACAAUGCAGGACGGAUGUUUUGUAUGUUUCUGAUCCUUGCGAGCAUCUUGACCAAGGAGAAGAGGGGGAUAUUGGAUUUUUUAGGGGAAUAUUUAAAUCCUUUGCUACCUCAAAAGUUCGUAAAAUGUUAAUUAAGAGGGAGGCUCAGCUCCAUCCAACAGAAGUGUGCCCUUACUGUAAAGCAAAACUGUGGAGCAUGCUGCAAGCAAAAAUGGUACCAGCAAGUGCCAGCUGUAGAUUGGGUGCUUAUGAAGAUGCAAUUGAGUAUUAUGUGUGCCUUAAUGGGCAUGUGCUUGGGAUAUGUACCCUCUUGCCCUUGUCUGAUUCUGAGGAAGCUUCAGAUCACAGUGAUGCAUGAAUGCAG